AUGGUGUGUGGGCUGAGCUGGCUUAUUCUGGUGGCUGUGUUAGGAGGGGUCCAGUGUGAGGUGCAGCUGGUGGAGUCUGGGGGAGACUUGGUGCAGCCCGGGGGGUCCCUGAGACUCUCCUGUGAAACCUCUGGAUUCACCUUUAGUAACUACUGGAUGAGCUGGAUACGCCAGGCUCCAGGGAAGGGCCUAGAGUGGGUCUCACGCAUUAAGUAUGAUAGUGGUACUACAGACUAUGCUGACUCCGUGAAGGGCCGAUUCACCAUCUCCAGAGACAACAGCAAGAACACGCUCUCUCUGCAAAUGAGCAUCCUGAGGGAGGAGGACACGGCCCCGUACUACUGUGUGAGAGGCACAGUGAGGGGAAGGCCCUGUGGACCCAGACACAAACCACCUGCAGGAGGAAGCAGGGUGAGCUUCAGGGGUGCAGGCCCCCAGGAGACUCUGAGGACUCGCCACAUAGGAAACGUUGAUCUUUCACAGAUGAAUCAUGUUUCUAUGGAGAUCAGGACUGACCUGCCCCUCAGCUCUCAGAUGACCCCACAGACACCUUGUCCUGUGGGUUUUGACUCUAAGUUGUCCAUCUCCAUUGUGGGGGCCACUGGGAGGACCACACAGGAUCGUGGGAUUUCCACUGAAUACGGAGGGGUGCUGGGCGUGAAACCGCAGCAGCUCCGAUUAAACAAGGAGAGGCCUCAGAAUCAAAGCCCACAGCAGGAAGUGGAACGGGAAUCCUAA